UCCCUUUAUAGCCGACACUCAUCCGUGCGCGCGCACGCGCGCGUGUGUAUGUCUGUGUGUAUGUGCGCGCGUGUGUCGUUAUGUAGAGCUGUAAGCGCGCGCGGAGAUGGCGAAACACAGCCCGGUUCCGUCCGCUUUUUACGGUGAGCCACGGAAGUUUGACCCGGCCUUCCGGGGGCCCGUCCAUAACAGAAGCUGCACGGACGUGCUGUGCUGCGUGCUCUUCGUCGUCGUCAUCCUCGGCUACGCCGCGCUCGGCACUGUGGCCUGGAUACAUGGAGACCCCAGGAAAGUGAUCCACCCUACUGACAGCUCGGGAGAUUUCUGUGGACAGAAAGGCACGGCCAACGCUAAGAAACCCAUCCUGUUCUACUUCAACAUCCUGAAAUGUGCAAAUCCGGCCGUUCUGAUCAACCUGCAGUGUCCUACCACUCAGAUGUGCGUUUCGACGUGCCCGGACCGCUUCGCCACCUACACGGACGUGCAGCUUCAACACGCCUUCAACAGGAGCCACUGGGAAUAUUACAGGCAGUUCUGCAGGCCGGGAUUCAACGAUCCCAAGAAGCCUGUGGCUCAUGUACUGCGUGAUGAAGACUGUCCGUCAGUGAUUGUGCCCAGCAGACCAUUUUUCCAGCGAUGCCUUCCAGACUUUUUCACGAGGAACGGCACGCUGAUGGUCGCCAACAGGACGGCUUUUAAGGACGCACUGGAUACGGCGAGGAGUGUGAGUGAACUCAGAGAUGCAGCUGAUGGUAUAACGGGUCUGCUGGAGGCCAAGCAGCUCGGCAUGAAGAUCGUGGAAGACUACGCCAACUCCUGGGCCUGGAUUCUAAUAGGGUUAAUCCUAGCGCUGGUCAUCAGUCUGAUGUUCAUCCUGCUCCUGCGCUUCACCGCCGGCCUCCUUCUCUGGUUCACCAUCAUCGCUGUCAUCCUGCUCGUAGCCUACGGAAUCUGCCGUUGUUACUGGGAGUUCACGCUUCUGAGAGAGAUUCCCGAAGCAGACGUCAGCAUCUCAGACAUCGGCGUCCAGACGAACCUACACGUCUACCUGCAGCUCAGCCAGACGUGGCUCAUCUUCUUGGUAUCUCUGGUUUUAACCGAAGCCUCCAUCGUUUUAAUGCUGGUCUUCCUGAGGAAGAGAGUGUGUAUCGCCAUCGCCCUGCUCAAGGAGGGCAGCAAGGCCAUCAGCUACAUCAUGUCUGCUUUAUUCUACCCAAUCGUCACCUUCGUGAUGCUGGCUGUGUGUAUCUCUUACUGGGCCGUUACGGCUGUUUUUCUGGCAUCCUCCGGUCAAGCCGUCUACAAGGUCACGUCAGCGCAGGCCAACUGUAAACACGCCAACCUCACCUGCAGUCCAGAAACGUUUAACAGGACCAACAUCACUAAGCAGUGUCCAGGGGCUCAGUGUCUGUUCGCGUUCUACGGCGGGGAGAGCGUGUAUCACCGCUACAUCUUCCUCCUACAGCUGUGCAAUCUGCUCAUCUUCCUCUGGUUGGUCAAUUUCACCAUCGCGCUGGGGCAGUGUACACUCGCCGGAGCCUUCGCCUCUUACUACUGGGCCAAGAGGAAACCUGAAGAUAUCCCAUCAUGCCCUGUUUUCUCCUCCUUUUUCCGGGCCGUACGGUAUCACACAGGGUCUCUUGCUUUCGGAUCACUGAUCUUGGCUUUCGUCCAGUUCAUCCGAAUUGUACUUGAAUAUCUGGACCACAAGCUUAAAGGAGCUCAUAACGUGUUUGCUCGCUUCCUGCUCUGCUGUUUAAAAUGCUGCUUUUGGUGCCUGGAGCGUUUUAUUCGCUUCAUGAACAGGAACGCAUACAUCAUGAUUGCAAUCUAUGGAAAGAGUUUCUGUACGUCAGCUCGGGAAGCCUUCUUUUUGUUAAUGAGGAACGUUGUGAGGGUAGCAGUGCUGGACAAGCUUACAGACUUCCUGCUCUUCUUAGGGAAAAUUCUCAUAACGGGGAGCGUCGGUGUUAUUGCCUUCUUUUUGUUCACACACAAGAUCCCCAUCAUUCAGGAAGAAGUUCCAGUCCUGAAUAAUUACUGGGUGCCUCUGCUGACGGUCGUGUUCGGGUCGUACCUGAUCGCGCACGGCUUCUUCAGCGUCUAUGCAACGUGUGUGGACACGCUGUUCCUGUGUUUCUGCGAGGACCUGGAGAGGAACGACGGCACGCCGACGAAACCGUUCCUCAUGUCUCCCGGCUUGCGCGGAAUUCUGGGAAGCGUGGAUCAGAGCCCUGGGAAAUCACGAGCAGCGCUGCAUCAGUGCGCGGUCAGAGAAUAGCUUUACUCCUCCUGCUCUGCUAGCAUGCUUUAACUCUGCUCCUGCGGCCGCGAGGACGCCGGCCGCUACGUCCUGUACUGUAACCCGACUCCGAUGCACUAAGACUGUGACAAAC